GCACUGAUUGUAACUAUAGCAGCGAGGCGGUCGUCUUUUGUGUUCGAAACAUGAAAUUCAAUUAAACUUUUAAUAAGACCCUUCGAGUAGACGACUAUAGAUAUGGCAAGAGCAGUAUUACCAACACCUACAAAAACCUUCAAUGGAAGUGGACUGGCGACAAUAGGACCUCAAAAAUGGAGGACAGAGACCGUUAAAGCAAUUAAAUUAUCAAAUAGCAUCGCACAUAAGAGCAAUCAUGCAAUUGAAUGUGGAAAGGGUCAAGAUCCUUUACCUCAUCUGAGAGAGAUUUUACAAGAGAUGUCAAAUGAAGAGGCGUCCAGAUAUUUCAGAGAAGUUCGUGCUGUUGUCAAUUUGAUAAGGCAUCGCUUCGGGGAGCUAAAUGAAGAAAUUAAAAAUCUUUAUAAAGCUAAAGAAGCUUUGGAAAGAGCGCUAUUUAACAAAAGGAAAGAUUUAAAAAUGAAUGAAGAAAGUAUUAAAUUGAGAGACAAUAGACCUAAAAGAGAAAAGGAUAAAGACGGCGCAGACGACCUUUUACAAGCUGAAAGAAUGAACCUCCUAAACGCCAAACGGAUGCUUGAAACACAUUUAGAUUUGGUUCAAGAACAACUGCUGAUACUAGAUAGAGUUAGACAACGAGUUACUGCAGUAUUACAAGAAAGAAGUCGAGUUUUGGAGCUCGUAAACAACUCCUUGCACUUAACUGUAUCUGCACAAGGACCUAGAGCAAGCGCCGCUUCCAUGAGAAUGAGAGGAAGGAGAGGAGACGGAGCAAUGAGUGUGCCUUGCAUAAACAACUGGCACGUUGAUGCUCUUGGUCCAUAUACCCCUGAAGUUGAACAAGCUUUACAAGAGUUGGAAGAUACUAAAAAGAGAGGCGCAAACUUAAGGGAAGAUGGAUUAGAGCUAAUCCGUAAAACGGAUAAUCUAGUUGAUCAAGUACAAACGGCUGUCAAUAAUGGCUUAACACAAAAGAUCUCUGAGAGUGUUACUCUAAAGCAACAAUUGGAAUUAGCCAGCGGAAAAAAUCGCUAUGCAAAGCAUAAAGCGCAAAGAUGGUAUGACACUACAGAACACGCAUGGAACUUGUCCAGAGGACCGCAUUAUAGUAGCGAUCUGCAGGUUCAUGAAAAAUUGGAUAGACCGAUUAUCAAAGUAUUUCAACGACAUCCGGGACAAAAUAUGCCUGAAGCACAAGAAAUCGUAAAGGGAGGUGAUGGAUUAUUGGAAUCUAUGUCGGCCACCAGCCGCAAUAUCGGCCUACUGAAGCUAGCACAACUACGAAUAAAGGGUGAUAUUUCCGACAAACAAGCAGCUAUAGACGUCGAUAGUUCGAUCGUUCGUUUGAGAAGAAGAAAAGCAAAUCAUAGAUGGCCGCUAGGAGAAGCAUUCUAA